AUGCCAGCUCCAACAGCAGAUGCAGCUGGACCAGCAGAAGGAGCUGGUCCACCUCGUACCGAACUCCAGGAAUUACAGCUAAAAGCUGAUCAGACAACUGAUGAGUCCUUGGAGAGUACUAGGCGUAUGUUGGCGCUAUGCGAGGAGAGCCACGAGGUCGGGAUGAAAUCUCUUGUUAUGCUGGACGAACAAGGCGAGCAAUUGGACCGAAUCGAGGAGGGGAUGGAUCAGAUAAAUGCAGACAUGCGAGAAGCAGAGAAGAAUCUCACGGGAAUGGAAAAAUGUUGUGGCAUUUGCGUGCUGCCUUGCAACAAGGGAGCAAGUUUCAAAGAGGAUGAAGGAACGUGGAAGGGCAAUGACGAUGGAAAAGUUGUCAAUAAUCAACCACAGCGGGUAAUGGAUGACCGUAACGGGCUUGGACCUCAGGGUGGCUACAUUGCAAAAAUUAAUAACGACGCACGUGAAAAUGAAAUGGAAGAUAAUAUGGGUCAAGUUUCAACGAUGAUUGGUAAUCUGAGAAAUAUGGCUAUUGAUAUGGGAAGUGAACUCGAAAAUCAGAAUCGCCAAAUUGAUAGGAUUAAUCGAAAGGGUGAAUCUAAUGAAACCCGAAUACAAGUGGCGAAUGAACGAGCACAUCAGCUACUUAAAUAA